AGAAGAAAAAGAUGAGUAGAAAGCAACUAAGAUGGCCCAUAAAAUGUCUACUCAUUAGCCCAAUGACAUGAUCCCCAUCUUGCUCUCCCUAUUCAUUUCACCUAGCUUUAACAUCCCCUUUUCCCUUCCCUUUGGUUAAUUUACAAAAGCCAAACAAGGCUCUUCAUCAUCUUCAACAUUUCAGCAGCAGAAUGUCUUCAAGUGGGAAGGAUUUGGUAGAAGGAUCAAGCUCUCCAACAGGGACACCUAGUCGCUAUGAGUCUCAGAAGAGAAGGGAUUGGAACACUUUUGGGCAGUACUUGAAGAAUCAGAGACCCCCAGUUCCACUGUCUCAGUGCAAUUGCAACCAUGUGUUGGAUUUUCUAAGGUAUCUGGACCAGUUUGGGAAGACCAAGGUUCAUCUUCAAGGGUGCAUGUUCUAUGGGCAGCCAGAACCUCCAGCACCCUGCACAUGCCCCCUUAGACAGGCUUGGGGAAGCCUUGAUGCUCUCAUAGGGAGGCUCAGGGCUGCUUAUGAGGAAAAUGGUGGCUCCCCAGAGACUAACCCUUUUGCAAGUGGCUCCAUCCGUGUCUAUCUCAAAGAGGUUAGAGAGUGCCAAGCUAAGGCUAGAGGUAUCCCUUACAAGAAGAAAAAGAAGGGCACAAAUCAAACCAAGCCAAAUGAUGAAUCAACCUCCACCAUCCACUUUUCUUGAAUAUCAUCAUCAUCAUCACCCCUUUCAACAUGGAUAAUGUAGCAUACAAUCAAAUCUGGAGAUCCUUUUUUCAAGGCAUUGGAGGUUCGGUUUCUAUUUCGGUCGAUAAUUUGUUGGCAUUGCUCUUUUUGUUUUUCUGGGGAAUUUGUAAGAUCCUAGGGUAAUGAACAACAUACUCAUUAAAUAUAUGACUUAUGCUUUUGUUUAUCUUCAAAGUAUUGAGUUGCAUAUAUAUACAUAUAUAGUUAGAGAUUGUGGUGUACUUUUGGAAUUGUUUGCCAUUGAAAUGGUUAGGUAUUUUGGUAAAUUGGGUCUAUGCUCUUCCAAAUGGUGAGUAUAUAUCCUCUGCUUUCUUGUCAACAAUGUAAGAAACAAAGUCUUCUCAAACUCAUUUUCUAAUGUUAUUGAUGCAUUUGUCUUU